AUGCUCGCCGCCGCCACUCGUCCCGCCGUGCUCCUGCGCACUCCCGCACCAGCCCGCCCCUUCGCCCGCUUCGCCUCGACCCACCAGCACAAGGUCGUGAUUGUCGGCGGAGGCACAGCAGGCGUCUCGGUCGCCGCACAGCUCGAGCGCGCCUUUGCUGCAGAGGGCCGCGCACUCAAAGAGGGCGACAUUGCCAUCGUCGAGCCUGCACAGACUCACCACUACCAGCCAGGAUGGACUCUCGUUGGAGCAGGCCUCCAACCGCUCUCGCUCAUGCACAAGCCCAUGAACGAGGUCAUCCCGCAAGGUGUAAAGCGAUACGAGACGGCUGUCGAGACGUUCCAGCCGGACCAGAACCAGGUCACCACCUCGGACGACUCGAAGAUCAAGUACGACUUCCUCGUCGUCGCGCCCGGUCUCAAAAUCGACUUUGACGCGGUCAAAGGACUCCGCGAAGGGCUCGAGGACCCUUCGGGACCCGUCUCGUCCAUCUACUCGGUCGACUCGUGCGAGAAGGUCUGGAGGAACAUUCAGGGAUUCAAGGAGGGCAGGGCGAUCUUCACCCAGCCGGCGGGAAUCAUUAAGUGCGCUGGUGCGCCGCAGAAGAUCCUCUGGAUGGCCGAGUCGCAGUGGCGCAAGGAUGGCGUGAGGGAGCAAAUCGAGCCUGUCUUCGCUACCGGUACACCCACCAUGUUCGGCGUCCCGAAAUACUCCGCCGCGCUCGAAAAGAUCCGCCAACAACGCUCCGUCACCGGACUCUUCAACCACAACCUCGUCGAGAUCGACAACAAGCGCAAGGUGGCGACGUUUGCGACGCCCGAGGGGGGAAAGAAGGAGGAGGAGUUUGGGUUCUUGCAUGUUGUGCCGCCCCAACGCGCGCCGGAUUUCGUCAAGAGUUCGCCGUUGGCUGACGCCGCCGGCUGGGUCUCGGUCGACCCCGCGACCACCCAACACACGAAAUUCUCCAACAUCUUUUCGCUCGGCGACGCCUCGUCGAUGCCCAACUCGAAGACCGCAGCAGCCAUCACUGCCCAAGCCCCCGUGCUCGUCGACAACCUCCGCGCCGCGCACGACGGGAAGGAGUUGGUCGCCAAGUAUGAUGGGUAUGCGAGUUGCCCGUUGUUGACGGGUCAUGACGAGUUGAUGCUCGCCGAGUUCAAGUACGGCGGCAUCCCCAAAGAGACUUUCGCCCCCAUCCUCGGAUCCCAAGACGUCCCGAACCGCUUCUACUACCACCUCAAGAAGGACUUUUUCCCUCGUGUUUACUGGUCUGCGUUGGUCAAGGGCGUCUGGUUCGGUACCCGCGGACCGUUCAGGCCUGUCGACUACAUGUACCAGCCUUCCUCCGCCUGA